CAGCUUCACGCAACUGUUAUGCGGUCUGUGUGAGUGAGCUGGUUUACGCUGUACUGCGGGAUGAUUAUCUGCCUUUAAUUACUCACAAAAUAAUCGGAUUUUACUAAAUAAUCCCACUUUAACGUGUACAAUCCGUCCGUGGGUCCGAUCUCGGUGAAGAUGAGCGGAGCGGCGUUCCCCUCUCCUACGGCUGAGAUGGCGGAGAUAAACCGGAUCCAAUAUGAGCUGGAUUACACAGAGGGCAUCAGUCAGAGCAUGCGCAUCCCAGAGCAGCUUCGCAUGGCUCCAUAUGAGCACUCGGAGCAGCAGGAAUUUAUGGACCAGAAUGCUCUCCAUACAACAAUGAUGCAGGUUCCUGAGAGAAUCGUAGUGGCAGGGGACAAUGAUGAAUCCCAGUUCUCCAUACCCAGAGAUCUGGACCUCAUUCAGUCCACCCCACAGGAGUCAGCGUUUUCUCUGAAGACGCCACCUCGGGUUCUCACGCUCAACGAACGGUCCCUUGACUUCUUAGAAAUGGAACAGCCGAGCUCCAUUAGCCAUCACAGUGAAGAUGUGCGCACACAAAGCAGGACGCGUAGAGAACGCUCGGUCAGCGAGAACACCAGCAUGCAUCACAACGGUCAGCUCAACAGAAACGACUCCAUUAUGACUCCCUCCCCCUCUGCUGCAUUGCGCACUGUGGCUCCUCACGGUGGCGCAGAAGACGGGUUUAACCUUUUGAGUGCCCGCGGUGUCAUUUCCUUCGUCCAAUCAACCACACGCCGGGCCUACCAGCAGGUCCUGGAGGUCCUGGAUGAAAACCAACGCAGCAAGCCUUCUCUUAGAGGGGGUUCAACCCUCUCUGUCCCCCAGCAUGAAAACAGGCUUGCUCUGGCCACACUAGACUCAACACAGGAAGGAGGGAUCGAUGAUGUGGCCCUUGUCGACGCCACUUCUCUGCGCAGACAGAUUGUCAAGCUGAACCGACGCUUACAACUUUUGGAAGAGGAAAAUAAAGAGAGAGCUAAGCGUGAAAUGGUCAUGUAUUCUGUCACUGUAGCUUUCUGGCUUAUCAACAGCUGGGUUUGGUUUCGUCGCUAAAGCAACACAGAUUGCUGUGUGGGAGGAGCAGAACCAAGACUCCGCCCCUUCUGUUCUUUGUGUCAAGCAUUAGCCUUAUUUAUGUAUGGCAAACACGUUUUUUCUUCUCAGCAAGAGGCGUUAAGAUGGAGGUUAUGGCUUUUAUUUUACUGUGAAAAUGUAUUUGUAAAUUUUUAUUUGUACAAUCAAAAAUAUCUUCUUUUUUCUGAUUUUGUACAAUUUUAAGGACUUCCUUUUUGCGCAAAGCCGAGCAUGAACCAGAUGUACAUAUUUUCCUUUACAUGUCUUUGGAAGUUUUCAUUGAUUUUUUUCAGACUAGUAUAAUACCAUGUUAUCUACUCAGACCAAUGAAAUGGGAUGCACUGAUAUAUUAAAAAGAAAGAAAGAAACCGCAUAUAAAGUUAAAUCAUUAUAUUUGCAGACUAUUUUGAUUUUAGGAACUUUACGUACAGUCUAUGUGAUACCUCUAAGCAACAAAAACAUGCAUACAUGCUUGUUUUGUCCUGAUCAUUAUUUAUGUAAACCAUCAAUGAAGAACCGUGUAUUAUAUGAUGUUAAUGAUAUUGUCCUGCUAAAUCCUGUCCUGUCCUACUGAUUCAGACAGUAGCACUUUCAAUCAACGGAGCAAUGAAAGACUUUUAUUUCAAUAAAUGACACCAAUAGUGAA